AUGUCUUUUUCCGCUAAAUCAUGGCGCCUCCCUUACCUCUUCUCGCAGUCCGUGGCUCGGACGGGACUACUUUGCUGCAAGGGCCGCCGAAAUGUGCGGAAUAUCCUGCUUUCCAGAGGGACGCUCGUUCAAGUAAGUUCGUGACUUUCAGCAAAGAUGGAUCACUGUUCAGCUGGUGCAACAAUGACAAGGUCAGUGUUGUGAAGACUUCAGAUGGAUCCUCUGUUCAGGAUUUUGAUCUACCCAAGGCAUCAUUUUUGGAGUUUUCUCCACAGAAUAAAGUGCUUGCCACAUGGCAACAAUAUACAAAAACACAGGACAACCCACAGGGAGACCCUAACCUGCAAUUAUGGGACUUACAGACUGGGAAGUGCAUCAAAGCUUUCUAUCAGAAAAAACUGCAGGGAUGGUGUCCAAGUUGGGCUGAUGAUGAGAGCAUAGCAGUCAGAAAUGUUAACAAUGAGCUUCACUUCUUUGAAGAGAACAACUUUGAAACCAUUGCCAACAAACUUCAUUUACAGAAGGUUUCAGAAUUUGCUUUGUCUCCAGGAUGCAAGCCUAACAAAGUUGCUGUUUAUGUCCCUGGGAGCAAGGGUGGUCCUUCUUUUGUUCGGCUUUACCAGUACCCAAACUUUGGAGGGCCAACCUCUGCUCUUGCAAAUAAGAGUUUCUUUAAGGCAGAUAGAGUGGUGAUGCUCUGGAACAAAAAGGCCUCUGCUCUUCUGGUGACUGCAAGUACAGAGGUGGAUAAAACUGGAGCCUCCUACUACGGAGAGCAAACCCUACAUUAUUUGGCCACCAAUGGAGAGAGUGCAGUGGUGCAACUACCAAAGAAUGGGCCUAUCUAUGACGUGGUGUGGAGUCCAAACUCUACUGAAUUCUGUGCUGUGUAUGGCUUCAUGCCUGCCAAGGCCACAGUGUUCAACCUCAAGUGUGACCCGGUCUUCGAUUUUGGCACGGGCCCUCGCAACGCGGUCUACUACAGCCCCCAGGCCCACAUCCUGGUCCUGGCUGGUUUCGGAAACUUGCAGGGUCACAUGGAGGUGUGGGACAUCAAGAAGUACAAGCAGGUUUCCAAGCCACAGGCUGCCGACGCCACAUUCUUCUCCUGGUGUCCCGACGGGGAACACAUCGUCACUGCCACCUGCUCCCCGCGGCUGCGUGUGGGCAACGGCUACAAGAUCUGGCACUACACUGGCACAGUACUUUACAAGGAGGACACAGCGGCUGGACAGGAGCUGUGGGAGGUGCAGUGGCAGCCCUUCCCAGCUGGCACUUUCCCAGAGAAGCCAAUUAAGUACCAGGCCGCACCAAGUGAGUUGGGCAGCACAGAGGCCAAACCGACUCAAGCCUACCGGCCGCCAGCCCUCCGUAACAAACCUGUAACUGCUUCCUCCAAACUGCAUGAGGAAGAGCCACCACAAAACAUGAGGCCAGGAGCUGCAGGUGUGCAGCAAAUGUCUAAAUCAGCCCUAAAGAACCAGAAGAAACGAGAAGCUAAGAAAGCAUCCAAGCAGCAGGAGAAGGCUGAUGUGCCACAAACGGAGCCUGAGCCCACUCCCACCCCAGCCAAUCCGGCUCCUGCGUCUGUGUCCUCAGGGGACCAUGAGCUUGACAAGAAGAUCAAAAAUGUUAAAAAGAAAUUGAAGGCAAUAGAAGAAUUAAAGGAACAACAAGCAUCUGGUAAACCUCUACAGAAAAAUCAGAUUGACAAAAUGCAAAAGGAGGCCCAGCUGUUGAAGGAGCUAGAAGACCUUGAACUUGGAUUGUGAAUUAUAGACGUUUAUCGGACAUAGGAAUUUUAAGCACUUGUCAUUUUGUCAUGUCAACGAUGAACAAAUGUAAGGAAUACACAUUGCAGCUAACAACCUGUUGCCUUUAACAUAUUGAGGCCUAUUUGCAAAUUCAUAAAACUUAAGGCAUUAUUGCUAUGCAAUGUUCUGUACAGGUGAUAAGGGCAGUGAUGUCUGUAAUUUCUUUUUUUUUUUUUUUUUGCAGUACUUUUUCUUAUGGUUGAAACUGACAAGUAAUGCUAUACCCAUUUGAAAUGUACUCAAACUUUUAUUUUUAAAAAUCUUGAUGGCUAUAAUGAAUUUCAAUUUCCCUGAUUUUUUAUUUUAUUUCUUUCUUUUCUGCCAAUGUUGUUUAGGUUGGAAGUUGCCCUUGAUUUGGGAUGUGUUGCACCCACAUACAAAAAUAAAUAUUUUGAAAAACCUGA